AUGGAUGUGCAUCACGAUCUAUGGCCGCGGGCCGGCGAGUCGGGCGCCGACAAAUUUCUCUAUCUCAUCUCGAAUCCCUUCGUCUCCCAGUUCCAAACGAGCGCCAUUUGGGCUUCCCUGGGUACCUCCCUCGGCCUGUCGAUUCUACUCGCCCUCCUCUUCUCGCUCUUCCGGCCCCGACACAAUCUUGUGUACGCACCCAAAGUGAAGCAUGCGGACCGAAAACAUGCGCCACCCCCCGUGGGGAAAGGCUUUUUCUCGUGGGUGAAACCGGUCAUCAAUACCCGUGAGCCGCAGCUGGUCGAGACUGUUGGGUUGGAUGCGGCCAUCUUCUUGCGCUUCACCAAGAUGUGUCGCAAUAUUUUCAUCUUCUUCAGCAUCAUCGGCUGUUUGGUCUUGGUGCCGGUCAAUGUCUCGCAAAGCCACACCGAUUCCGCGGCCCAAUCCGCUUUGAACCGAAUGACUCCGCUCUACGUUACCAAUGUGACCGCAAUUUGGAGUCAAGUCGCCUGUGCCUAUUGUUUUGACGCUAUUCUUGCCUUUUUCCUGUGGAGAAAUUACAAGGCCGUGAGAGACUUGCGCCGGCAAUACUUCCAAAGCUCCGAGUACCAGCGGAGUCUCCACGCCCGCACCUUGAUGGUCACUGAUAUCCCGGCGCCAGAUCGCAGCGAUGAAGGCAUCAUGCGUAUCACCGACGAGGUCAACCCAACCGCUGCUCUUCCACGGGCUGCAAUUGGUCGCAACGUACGGGACUUGCCCGUGAUUAUCAAGGAGCACGAGGAAAAUGUUCGCAGGCUGGAGUCCGUUCUCGCCAAAUAUCUCAAGCGCCCUGAUCAGUUACCCGCCAAACGGCCAACCAUGCGUCCACCCAAAAGCCAGCGGUCAAAACACCCCAAUGGCAAGGUCGACGCCAUUGACUAUCUGACCGUGCGCAUCCGUGUAUUGGAGGAGGAAAUCAAGCACGGCAGGGCCUCGAUUGACCGUCGAAACGCCAUGCCAUAUGGAUUUGCUAGCUGGGAAAGCAUCGAACAUGCCCAUGCUGUAGCGUGGACGGCCCGAAACAAGCAUCCCAAGGGGACAACAAUCGCCCUCGCGCCCCGCCCCAGUGAUCUGAUUUGGGAGAACUUGCCCCUCACAAAGAGCGCUCGCAAGUGGAAGCGUUUCCUGAAUGUGAUCUGGGUGACCGCACUGACCAUCGUUUGGAUUGUGCCUAACGCCCUGAUUGCGGUCUUCUUGUCGAACUUGAACAACUUGGGAUCGGUCUGGCCUCGGUUCCAGACUUCUCUCUCGGCAGAUCCCAAGGUCUGGGCCGCUGUACAGGGUAUCGCCUCACCAGCAGUCACCUCCCUGGUCUACCUGGUGCUGCCGAUUAUCUUCCGACGGCUGUCCGUUCAGAGUGGGAGCCACACCAAAACCUCCCGCGAGCGACAUGUCCUGGGCCAACUCUAUGCUUUCUUCGUGUUCAACAACCUGGUUGUCUUUUCGCUCUUCUCAGCGGCCUGGACCUUUGUCGCGGCGGUGAUUGAGAAGACUCAAACCGACGAGGAGGAUGCUUGGCAGGCAAUUGUAGACAGUCAAUUGUAUGCCAAGUUGAUGAGUGCGUUGUGCACUGUCUCGCCCUUCUGGGUGACAUACAUCCUGCAGCGUAAUUUGGGAGCCACGAUCGACUUGGUGCAGAUGAUCAGUCUGGCCUGGGUGUGGUUUGCCAAGACGUUCUUGUCACCGACGCCUCGACAGGCGAUUGAAUGGACCGCCCCACCACCAUUUGAUUAUGCCAGCUACUACAACUACUUCCUCUUCUACGCCACCGUGGCAUUGUGCUUCGCUACUCUGCAGCCCAUCGUGUUGCCCGUGACCGCGCUCUACUUUGGUGUCGAUGCCAUGCUGAAGAAAUACCUCUUGAUGUACGUGUUUGUGACGAAGAACGAGUCGGCGGGUGCUUACUGGCGGCCUUUGUUCAACCGUCUCAUCUUUGCAAGUAUUCUUGCCAACGUCAUUGUCGCAAUCGUCGUGAAGGUUCGUGGAACCUGGACCAUGGUGUUUUGCCUGGUUCCAUUGCCACUCUUGAUGCUGGCCUUCAAAUUCUACUGCAUGAAGACCUUUGACGAUGAUAUCGCAUACUUUAAUCGCGCCAAUCUCACCGACGCGGAAGCGGUUGGCGUGUCCAAGAUGAGCAAGAAGGCAGGUGAUCGUCUCAACUCCAAGUUCGGCCAUCCCGCCCUUUACAAAGCUCUCAUGACUCCAAUGGUUCACGCCAAGGCCGCCGAGGCCCUCAGGCAAAUAUACCAGGGUCGACUCGAGCAUGGGGAUAUGGAGAAUGAGUAUUCUGAUGUGGCCAUGAACCCCAUGCUUCCGUCUCAGCCGGGCAAGGAGGCCGAACACGCUCCGUUCGAAGUCGUGCCGGAAGCCCACUUGGACUUUUCCUAUUUCAAGGAUCGUGCCGACUUCCGCGAUGAAUUUGGUGGUGGCAUCUACGGCCGGCCGGAAGAUCUGAUGACGGAGCGCUCACAGACCCCGCGCAGCAUGCUCGGUGGUGAAUGGUCCCCUUCGUCGUCGCGCGCUUCCUCACCCGCUCCGUCAUUGCCUUCGUUACCGGGUCUCAGGGUAGCAGCAGAUGGUCAGCCCGAAAGUGAUCAGUCACUGAUCCAUCCUGCUUUCCGCGUGCCUCUUUCUCGCACAACCACCAGCAAUAACGAGCCCUAUCCACCCGAGGAAAUCGAGACUCAUCUCCUCAGCCAUGCGCAAACGCCAGGACAGACAGACAUCAAUCCACUCGACCGCUGGCGGACCCGUGGUUAUGGCCCAGUCCAGCAAGAGGACGAUCCAUAUCAGACUUCUUACGAGGCCUACCGGGUAAGCCGGUGA